AUGUCAGCGUCGAAGAGGAAUGAGUGUCCACUCGAUGUGGACAUGGAUUUGGAGGACAAUUAUCCCAUUAUUUCAGACGUGUUGUGGAAUCCAAAUGCAGUGGACUUUCCGACGCCAUUACAGCCACAAGACGUGACCCAUAACUCGCACCACAACGACGACAACGACCGCGAAGUCGAUGGCAAACGUUUUUGGCUUACAGUCAAUCACAUCAGAGCUGAUUUGAAUCCAUGCGAUGCUCAACAAGAGGUGAGUGAAAGCGAAGCCAUUGUCCCGAAUGCCAACCCAACUGUCCUUCAGGUGGACCGCAAUCCCACUCAUGAGGCCGAUGGAGGCGUCGCUGCGGAACCAGUGAUUGCGCGGCCAAUAGUAGUGCCGAAGCGCCGAAGAGGUCGACCAACACUUGAUUUGCCGCCAGAAGAGAAGAUUAAGAGGAAAAGAAGUGGGAAUAAAGUGGCGGCGAAAAAGAGUCGACAAUUGAAGAAAGCUUUGAUCGACGCUAUCAUCCAAUUAGAACCACAACUCGAAGAGCAAAACAAAAAACUCAGACAAGAGUUACAUUUUUUGGAAUUAAAGGUACAUCCAAUGAGACAAUGGUGUCAAUCGGCGUUUGCCUUCACUUCGGAGGAAUAUCAAUUGAUUAUUGGAUCGGAUGACCCGAUGGCCGCCUUCCGUGCGGUCAAUGCGGCCAAACUGUUGGCCAAUGAGGACAAAGAGUGUAAUUGCCGUCAGUUUUACAUUCACUUCAAUCACUUGACGACAAGUCAUACUUCAGACACUAUUUCACCGCAAAAUGUCAUCAAUUUAUUGUCAAAACUUUCGUUUAUCAAACAAAUCCAUUUGGAGACCAAUUCAGCCACAGAUGAGACACAAACACCACAACAGAGGAUAGUGUUUGACAUCGAAGACCACUUCUAUGUGAAGCAAUUAAUAAAUGAUUUAAAAGUGGAUAACUUAUGGCAAACGUAUGGAACAAAUACACGGCUUUGCUGUUCAAGUGAUGGGGAGAGCGACGGACCGGUGGUCGUGGAGUACUCGUCGCCAAAUAUAGCGAAACCGUUUCACGUCGGGAACUAUAGGUCCACUAUUAUCGGCCAUUUUGUGGCUAAUUUUCACCGAUUCUGUGGUCACAGAGUUAUAGCACUCAACUAUUUGGGAGACUUUGGCACUCAAUUCGGUAUUUUAAGCCUCGCUUUCGACCGCUUCGGCGACGACCAGAGUUUGGCGGCCAAUCCGUUGCGACAUUUGUUUGAUGUAUACGUGAAGGGAAGCACUGAAUGUAAGGCCAGUGAAGAAUGGCGUCAAUCGGCGAAAGACCGGUUCAACGCUCUCGAGACCAAACAAAACGCCGAUGUCUUGAAUCAAUGGAAUCGCUUUCGAGAACUUAGUGUCGAUCGACUCAAGCAUUUAUAUCAACGAAUUGGUAUCGAUUUUGACGAGUUUCACAGCGAAUCCAUGUAUUCGUCGGCCGGACAUGAAGUGAUCGAUAGGUUGAGACAAUUGGGACAUUUAGAGAGCGCUGGCGAUGACAGUAGGGCUGAGUUUGCGGUCGUCGGCACCAAUGGGCCGAACAAAGUGUCCCUUAAAAUACCGGUCAUUAAGAGCGACGGAUCGACACUAUAUCUGACGCGUAAAUUAACUCAUUUGAAAUUCGGUCGUAUUCUCGGAAUGAGUACUCGAAAGGGAGACAUAGUUUUUCUGGAGGAUGUGCUCAAUGAGGCCAAAGAGAGGGCCAUCGAGUCCUGUAAGACUAGUCCGAACACUAAAAUAAGUGAAGAAAACUUUGAAAGUGUUUCCGAUAUUUUGGGUAUUUCUGGUCUAUUAAUACACGACUUGUCUCAUCGAAGAGUACAGGAAUAUCGGUUCAAUUGGGAGAAAGCCAUCAGACAUAGCGGUGAAACUGGUAUUGCUCUUCAGUACACUCACGCCAGGCUUUGCAGUUUGGAGACCAACUGCGGUGUAGACAUAGACUACGAGUUUGAGCCAAAAGUGGAGGCUUUAUCUGAUUUUGAGGCCAAACUUCUUAUGAAUCGAUUGUCACAAUUCGACGAGAUUUUAAUCGAUUCGUUUGAAUCACUGGAACCAAGUCUUCUCGUCCGCUAUUUGUUUGAUUUGAGGCAAAUAUUGUUGUCAUAAAAUUGAUGGUAAAAUGUAAUCCAUUUUUUAAUUAGAAAUGCGAUAAACAGAGCUUU